GGCAAGCCAUUCUUGCGUUCAGUCUCGACCGUUCGUUACUACUGUACACUUGUUCAGAAGAGAAUUUAAUAAAAAUAAUGGGUCGGUGUGUUGCGUUUACCCUCGCCGCUCUGCUAGCGACGAUUGACAUCGGUUCCUGCCUGCAGUGCUACCAAUGUAACUCGCAGUCUGACCCUACAUGUAAAGAUCCUAUUGGGGGAAGGACACCAAUUGUUGACUGCGCCACACAAGAUUCGAUCAACUACAACCGUGCAUACUUGAGCCUUAUAUUGCCCCGUGAACUGGUGGAGGGAGUCACUGGAGCCCCUAGAUACUGCCACAAAAUCGUUUUCCAAAGCGGCACAACAGUUCGUACAUGUUUGGACGCCAACCCGACCGAAUUGAACCAGACCUGCCGUCUUCUUGAGAACGCCGCCAAAUCAGUUCCAUCUGACCCCAGCAAGCAGCUGAAGCACUGCAGUGUCUGCGACAAGGACCGCUGCAACGGCGCUGGAUCUAUCGUUGCAUCAGCUCCCUUAGCACUAUUGGCGCUUGUCGCAACCUUCUUGUACACUAAGCAAUAAUCCUUAUAUAAUCAGCAAGCAAUUUGCCUACGCUUCAUGACUGUUCAGGAAAGCACUAUUGUCUGCAAGUGCCAAAAUUGAGUUGCCUUUACAUUUUGGGACCGUCCGUUUUUGCUUGUUGAAAAAUUAACAAUAAGUUAAAAUAAGUAUUAAACAUUAAUUUCCUUCGUGUUGUAAUUGUAUCGAUAUUUAUAUAAUGUAUUUAUUAAUUGUUGAAUAUGUAUUUCGUUUGUUUUUCUAAGUACCUGUCAAUGUUAAUAACUAUUCCAAAUAUUUUGUAAUAU